AUGCGGUGUCUCGCGUUCAUCUGGAGCAUUUUAACCUCAAAAUCACUCCACACUAUUGUCAGAUGAUCGCAUUCUGAUUGGCUGUUACACGUCGAGUGUUUUCAGUGAAACAUGUGGACAACGAGAAUCUCUCGGCAUUUAAUCAAGAAAUGUGUUUUGCCAGUGAAUUCUGAGGUCCUGUCCUCUGCAAAUAAUUGCAGAAUAAAGAAUGACUUCUGCACUAGGUGCACCACAUCCUCAUGCAGCCUCCACACCAAGCACUCCCCAAAGUCCCUGGAGAAUGUGAAAACAGGAGGAGAAGUGCCACCUGUGAACAAGUUCGUCCAGAGAACUCACACUUGUGGAGAAUUGUCUCUCAAAAAUGUUGGAGAGGAAGUUCAAUUGUGUGGAUGGAUGGAGUUCCAGAGAAUGGGGAAGUUCGUCAUCCUGAGAGACUCCUAUGGGUCUACCCAGCUGAUUAUCCCAGAGGAUAGAACUGACCUGAUGAGAUCAGUGGAGCACCUGAGCUUCGAGGCAGUCCUCAGCAUAACUGGGAGAGUGAUAGCUCGACCCCCAGGCCAGGAGAAUCCAAGAAUGAAGACUGGAGGGAUUGAAAUCGAAGUUGAAGGUCUUCAGGUGCUCAACGAGUCCCUCCCACAGCUGCCCUUCUCCAUCAGGAAGUUCAACGUCCCUAAGGAGAGCCUGCAGAUGCAGUACAGAUACCUGGCACUUCGUUUCCCCUCCCUGCAGAGGAAUCUGCGAGUCAGAUCUCAGAUUCUCAAUAACAUGAGGUUUUUUCUCAUUGAAAUGUGUGGAUUCGUGGACGUGGAGACGCCUACGCUAUUCAGGAGAACUCCAGGGGGGGCACAAGAGUUUGUAGUGCCAACCCAACACCCAGGAAAAUUUUAUUCUCUUGUUCAGAGUCCUCAGCAGUUUAAGCAGCUGUUGAUGAUUGGAGGGAUGGACAGGUACUUUCAGAUCGCCAGGUGUUACAGGGAUGAAACAGCUAGACCAGAUCGACAGCCUGAAUUUACACAACUUGAUAUAGAACUGUCGUUCACUGAUCGAGAGGGAAUUAUGAUGUUGGUGGAGCAACUGAUAGAGCACUGCUGGCCAAAAGAGUUUGAAGCUGUCACAAUUCCUUUCAGGAGAUUUACUUAUGAGGAAGUAAUGGACAUGUACGGGUCUGAUCAGCCAGACCUGAGGAUUCCCUAUCGCAUGCAUAAUGUCACAGAUUUACAUAAAAAUUCAGUGGACAUGAACGAAAACGUGGGGAUCUACGGAUUAGCGAUGCCAAAAGGCUCUGAGUUCCUGACGAAUUCUGUGAAGACACAAUUGACGAAACUCAUCAGGGAAUUCAAUUACAAAGAAGUUUCGUUGAAUCAAAUUAAAAUUUCUGGGGACAACUGGCCGGAGAAGCUUCACAAAACCGAUUUAGACGUUUUAAAAUUGAAGUCAAAGCUGAAUAUUCAGGAGAAUGAUGCGGUAUUCAUUGCUCAUGGGGCCAGAGACGACGCAAGGAAACUGCUUGGUAGAGUUCUCAAAGAAUUCACCAACGUCAUGGAAGCAAAAGGUUCUCCGAUAAGAUCAAAGAAUUUCGAGUUCGCAUGGAUCGUGGACUUCCCACUAUUCGAAAAAGGGAAUGAUGCUAAUCCUCUGGUGUCGACUCAUCAUCCUUUCACUGCACCACAUCCAGAUGAUGCUCAUUACCUCGAGGAUAAUCCCCUAAAGGUACGAGGAUUACAUUACGACCUAGUUUUAAACGGUUCUGAGAUUGCAGGGGGAUCAAUUAGAAUUCACAAUGCAGAAUUACAAGAGAAAGUUUUGCAUUCGUUGAAUAUUGAUACUGCCCAGAUGACACAUCUACUGGAGGCGUUGAAAAGUGGUGCACCACCUCACGGAGGAGUAGCUUUCGGUCUGGAUCGAUUAAUCUCGAUCAUCUGCGAUUCCCCCAGCAUCAGAGACGUCAUAGCCUUCCCCAAGACCGGGGAAGGCAAGGAUUUGAUGUCGGGGGCCCCCGCGGAAAUCUCAGAACAGGAGAAAACCCUCUAUCACCUGGAAAUCACGAACAGCAAAAAAAAACACGAGGAAUAAACGAUUUAACA